UUGUGUUUGGCCAAUUGGCAGUUUCAUUCCCAGGCCAGUGAGAGGGUGUGGCCUAGGUGUAGCUCCACCUCCCUGCACAUGGCAGGCACCAAGAGUCAGACAAUGAAGAGGCUGCUGGGUAAUUUGGGAUCAGCUUUCCCUUUCUCUGCCUCUGGACCUGACUCUUCCUCCAAAUAACACAAUACAUUGGUUUCCCUCUAUCCCCUGAGGUCUGAAAGUCUCCCAGGUCUUAUAAUUACGGGGCAGUUACCAGGGCGACUAAACCUCCUAUAGGAAUUGCCUGAAAUGUAAUGUCACCCAACCUGUUGCUUCUCAUCAAUGGUGAUAGUGUCCAUGGUUGUGUGCGCUACUGCUGCUGCUGCGACCGAGGGAGUGAGUAUCAGGCGUCUGCGCUGGGUGACGGAUCAAACCUUCAUUGUUACUACUGGGAACAGGGUUGACCCGAGGGCCACACAGAUAGGUCUCCUUUAUCAAGAGAAGAAUAUGGCGGAGAGUGGGAGUGGCUCCAGUGGUGGCUCCUCCUCAGUGGGAGGGGUUUCCAGUCCGGCUUCUCUUGCUCCGGGUGACUCUCAGCUCAUUGCCCUGAUCGUUGAGCAGCUGAAGAGCCGGGGGCAGUUUGAUGGAUUCCGAAGGGACUGUUUGGCGGAUGUGGAUACAAAGCCGGCCUAUCAGAACCUGCGGCAGAAAGUGGACAACUUUGUAUCGAUGCACCUGGACAAGCAAGAGUGGAACGCGGACAUGAACAAAAACCAGCUGAGAAAUGGACUGCGCCAAAGUGUCAUCCAAUCAGGGAUGCUGGAAGCUGGGGUGGACAGGAUCAUCUCGCAGGUGGUCGACCCAAAACUCAACCACAUAUUCCGGCCCCAGAUAGAAAAGGCAAUACAUGAGUAUCUGACUGCUCAGACAAAGGAGGAUCCGACCCCCCCACUGCCACGGGGCCCCCCAGAGCCACAAAAGCAGGAGCCCCCAGAACCAUCUCAAAGUGUCUCUUAAAAGGGUUUCCCUGCAAUAUCUGCCCUCUUACUACUCCCAGACAUCCCGAGUAACCAGCUUGCUGGGAGUUGUAGUUAUGCAGCAGCUGUAGUGCAGAGGUUGCUCAUCGUUGGGACAGACCUUGCAGAAAGUGUUCCUGUGUAAACGCACAGCGCAAUGCCGAUAAACUAUAUAGUGGGAGGGGCUAGCAGCAAAACUGGAAAUAUGGGGGGCUGGGAUAAUGAACCUACAUGUCUGACUUCGAAAUGGGGGAGAAGGUUUAAUUAUAGACACUUAUUACAUUUCAGCAUCAGUUUUGAGGCACCAAUUUGCUUUGAAAAGGUGGCGCCAUGAAGAGUAUUUUGUCCCGCCCAGAAAAAUCUGCUUCAAACUGGCGACCGUUUUCAUCAAUCUAACUGCCAGCAAUUAUAACCAUAGCAACCAAUCACAAGUCAUUUUCUACAUUCUGACUGCCCACACCUUGUAACCGUAGCAACCAAUCAGAUGCUGCUUUCCUGAUUGUGACUGCAGUAACUAACUGCUGAUUGGUUACUCUGCACUAGGGGAGACUUUGCUCUGGUUACUUUGUUACCCCCAUUUGUCCUUAAUGUUGGGAGUAAAUCUGGUUGUAUCUGAUGAAUUUGCCUUUGUUAAUAUUAUUCUCGUGCCAGCAGCUAACAGACACUACCUAACGCCAAACACACGAUGACGCGCUGCCUAAAGGAGGAGCUUGUUUUUUUUUUCCUGAUUGACAAUGUUCUUUUUUUUUCUAUUCAUUAAUUUUUCUAUGUAAUGUAUGAAAUUGCAAUAGAUUGUCUAAAUAUAUUUUGGUUUUUGUGAAUGAGAA